AUGAAGUUCGUCGCGCUCCGAGAUUUCGACGUUGUAACCUCCUCGCUCAACCUCACGACACCUGACUUGUACGUAUUGGGCGGAUGUGAUCUGUACACGACUAAGGCGGCAGGAGGGGACAAGAAACUUUACAAGAACAUUGAAAAUGACCUCGAAGCGCAGUAUGCAUCAGAUCUACAAUUCUCGCGGAGUUUGUCUCCACCUCAGAAAAAUGCUAUGGCGCAGUCUCUCAACUUGGAACGCAGAAGUGCAUUCGGUAACCUUGGGGCAGUAAGUGCACGACGUAUCUAUGCGUAUCUGAUAGCAACCCUCAACGCUAGUCAUCCAGACUACGACUUCUCACUCGUGCUCAGACCCUCCGACUUCAAACGCGAAAAGAGCCUUAGAAAGGUCAUGAACACUUUCGACACAACCAUGUUCAACUUGCGACCGAGACCAGUAUCUUCGUACGUGCCCAAGUCUCCUCUCCAUUCUGGCUCCGCGUACCCACCUAACAGCGCGCCACAGUGGGGUCCAGGUAUGUGGAGGCUGAUAGACCAGCAGAUGAGCCUGAAAGAAUGUAUGAUAUACAGUUAUGCUCCUGAAGAGUUUGAUCCUUUUGAGGACGAUGAGGCUGGACACAUGUGGUCGAUGAACUACUUCUUCUUUAAUAAGAUUAGGAAACGAGUAUGCUAUUUGUACCUACGUGGCAUCAGCAUAUUGGCGUCGCAGGACGGCACGGAGACACCACUCCGCACCCCAAUCAAAGAUAAGCGGAACAUUGAUGAUGCUUCAGAUGGUUGGCUCUCAUCUUCGACGAAUGGUGCGAGCAAAAGAGUUCGUUAUUGGUUCGGCGAUCGAGAGACCGUCCAAAUUAACGACUACGCUUAUACUGUCAACAAUGUGUUGAGCUCAUCAAUGCCGAUAGAGUCUCCUGAGAGCUUCUCACCACCAAAGCGGCCUGUCGUCGACGAUUUUGAUCAAUAUGUGCUAAGUGACGAAGAGACGAGAAGUGCUCGGAGCCACAGCACGUUACGAGGUGUGAGUGAGGAAAUUGUUGGACCUAUCGAUGUUUGA